ACUCUUACGGGGAAGCGUCAAACAGUAAACAAAGUAUAAAAUUGUGAAAAUUUUGGGCUCGGAUCAUCAUCAGUCAUGUUUGACAUCGAAUUAUAAAUGCCGAAAUAUUUCAUGGGCAUUGGAUUCGAGCAUCUCAGGUAUCGUACGAAGCGAGGGAGUUUCGAUCCAACUAAAAAUAAUAGCAACAACAACAUCACGUUGCGUUCUGUGCUAUUUUUAACUACCAGGUAAACAGAAACUUGCACAGUCUGAUAUGCGGAAAAAUUACGAUAAUAAUCGGACAUUGACCGGACACGACAAUGAAGCGUUGUAUUUUAGAGAUGACAGUAGUUCUUGUGGUAGUAGCAGAGAAAAUAUUCGCCUGGGUCCAUUUAUAGACUUCGGAAAUGAACUGGAGAAGGAAUUUCCCCGCGUCAGCAGCCAGGUCCCCCUCUCCCCCAGGGGGGAUGAGGACGAUCGGAGCUAUCAGUAUUCGGAAGCCGAAGUGGAAAGGGGCACAUGGACGGGGAAGUUCGAUUUUUUGCUCUCGUUGCUCGGCUAUUCUGUUGGACUGGGGAACGUCUGGCGAUUCCCCUAUCUUUGCUACAGCAACGGUGGAGGUGCCUUUCUCAUUCCUUUUAUAUGCAUGAUGUUAUUAGCUGGUCUGCCUCUCAUGUUCAUGGAAUUGUCAUUUGGUCAGUACGCUAGUCUUGGACCCAUAGCCAUAUUUGACAGAUUUUGCCCUCUAUUCACUGGCCUCGGAUAUGGGAUGGUCAUAGUCUCCGGCACAGUAAUGCUCUACUAUAACAUGAUUAUUGCGUGGACAAUCUUCUACAUGUUCGCUUCCUGGAAUAGCCAGUUACCAUGGGAACACUGUAAACCUGAGUGGAGCACGCCAGCUUGUUAUUCACACAGCGACGCACAGGAUUGUAUGAGUAAGAAUGGGACCUAUUACAACAGAACCUGCUUUGAUGCUAAUUACACUUUGGCUCAUAAUCUCAGCUUCCUCAUUAAAAACAUGACCAAAAAACCACCUGCCGAUGAAUACUUUGUGCAUUAUGUUCUGGGUGAAUCCUCCGGUAUCGAAGAAACUGGCGGGAUCCGUUGGUCCCUGGCUGCGUGCUUAGUCUUAGCCUGGGUCAUAGUGUUUCUUUGCCUUAGCAAAGGAGUACAGUCUUCAGGAAAGGUUGUAUACUUCACUGCUUUGUUCCCGUAUGUGGUGCUGGUGAUCCUAUUCUUCCGAGGUGUGACGUUGCCCGGUGCCAAAAAUGGAAUCCUUUUUUAUGUCACACCGGACUGGAGCCGAUUGGCAACUGCCCAAGUAUGGGGAGACGCUGCCGUCCAGAUUUUCUUCGCUCUGAGUCCAGCCUGGGGUGGUCUCAUUACUCUAUCCUCUUACAACAAAUUCCAUAACAACUGCUACAAAGAUUCUCUGAUCGUCUCCAUCAGUAAUGUCCUGACAAGCAUCUUCGCCGGUUUCGUCAUCUUCUCGGUGAUUGGCUACCUGGCUCAUGAGCUCAAUGUCGAAGUGGGCAAGGUCGUUGAUGAAGGGGCCGGUCUUGCAUUCAUUGUCUAUCCUGAGGUGGUGGCACGCCUGCCCGUGGCACCUCUCUGGGCUUUCCUCUUUUUCUUCAUGCUGCUCACCCUCGGUCUGGACAGCCAAUUUGCUCUUCUGGAGACAGUGACCACAGCUAUCUUGGAUCGUUUUCCUACGCUUCGUGAAAAGAAAACAUGGGUAGUUUUCUUUCUGAGUUUGAUGGGUUAUUGUGGAGGGAUUAUAUUUACAACAAACGCAGGGGUAUUCUGGUUGGAGUUGUUCGACAAGUAUGCAGCCAACUUUUCGGUCCUCAUCAUUGCAAUUUGUGAAUGUCUUCUCAUAUCAUGGAAUUAUGGAGCUGAAAAAUUUCUGAGAGAUAUUGAGAAGAUGAUUGGUGUAAAGUCUCAUGCGUGGAUGGUAUUUUGGUCUAUCAUGUGGCGAGUACUUACUCCAGCGACUCUGGUGUUUAUUCUGGUAUUCAACUGGAUCGAGUAUAAGCCAGCUAAGAGCGGAAACUAUGUGUUUCCUGAUUGGGCGAAUGUAGUCGGAUGGGUCAUUGCUUUCUUCCCAGUGGUUGUCAUUGUUUUCUUGAUGUUCUACAAAAUUUGCACUACCACUAAGCGACCAUUUCGAGAAAAACUCAGCUUACUGAUGCAACCUACUGAUGAAUGGGGACCUCCACCAAAAUUGGCGACAUUCAAGACUGGAGAUCCUUCAGAAGACGCUUCUUCCGAAUACAUUCGUAAGAACUCUUUCGACAAUCCCUCCUUCAAUGUGACCUACACUUUCGAGACGGCCAUAUGAUAAAGAAGUUAGCUUUACAAAGGAUAGUUUAGAGGAUACAUAUUCGAGUAUUAACAUGAAAGUGCCGGAAAGCAUCGGAAUUCAUUUAGAAAAAAAAAGUCAAGAAGUGCCAGACUGGACAGUUCUUCCUAUUCCAAUGGCGACAAAUGUACAUAAUUCAUGUUGGUGGAGAUGAAAAAAAAAAAAAAAAAAAAAAUCUGCAACCACCAAAAAAGAAUGUAACUCGAGCUAAAGAGGAGACUUUGUAAAGAACAUUAUAUUUUAUUUCUGUAAUUUAAUCGUAGAUAAAAUAAUCUGAAAGUUGUGUUAAUAUAUGUUGCAAAACUGUAUAAUAUUUAUUUGUUCAUACAUGUAAAAAACGAAAUUCAUCGCAAUGACCAGAAUUGUAUAGAUGAUUUUGAGUAAUUUGCCGUUACUUCCCCAGCAGUAAACGCCAAGCGCAAGAGUUUGCACAAAAUAUUAUUCUUGUGUUGCAGCAGUCGCCAAAUGGCAAUCGAAUUUGCCUUAUUCGGCAACUUAAAAGUUUCAAAAUUUUUGCCAGCUUUAUGGGAUCAGUGAGCUCAGCAGGUUUGUAUCGAAUUUGGAUUGCCUUUGAGGUCACGAGAAAAAACUAUUUCAGAUUUUUUUGAAUGCAUAUUUUCUAAAUCAAAUACUUUAUGAAAGGCUGUUAUGCAUUUACUAUUAAGCAUUGCUUUCAAUUAUUUACAAUGAAAAAGCGCCAUUUAUAGUUUAUAUAUUAAUUUUUAAAAGUAUUUAUUCUGUACAUUGAAACCAGUGUUUUCAACAACCAUUUCAAUUCCUCUUUUUUGAAUGCACACUUUAUGGAAAACAAAUAUUUUUUUUAAAAUCUUAUUCUGAAAUGCUUUUUCGAGCGAAAGCCUGAAGCACAUAUAAAUGCCAAUGUAGAAAAAAAAAUUAAAUAUUUCAGACCUAUUUUCAUUUGAUAGAAUCAUCGUAUUGCCCUAAUUUUGUUAAAUUAGCAUAAAUUCAAUAGUCUAAAUAAAUUAUUGAGAUGGAAUUUAUUAAAACUUACUCAAAUUUAAGCCAAUAUUUCUAACAAAAUAUAUAGAUCAUUAAAAUUUUCAAGUACUAAAUACCAUCGCGAUUUAAAUCAAAUUUUUAUUGAUCUUUAUUUAACUAAUUUUCAAUCACUUAGAUCCAGAUCAGAAUUUAUCAGUAUUUUGUAUUGAUAAUGUAAAAAUCAAUUUAAACUAUUCAUAUUAGAGCUUUAAAAGCAGCCAAUAAUUUUAGACCUAUAAGAAAAUGUUCGAGCUUUUACUAAAUCACUUUAAAAGAGGCCAAACAAAUGAACAAAAGUUCUGAACUUCUGUGUAAAAAUUGCUCACAGGAUUUUUGCAACUUGUUUCCUUCCUUCCUGUUACAAAUAUGGCACAUUUUGUGGAAAAAAAAUAAUCUCAAAUUCUGCAUGUAUACAAAAAAAGUGCUUCCAUCUUAAUAUGAUUUUUUGUGUACUCUUUAAAUCAAAUAAUAUCAUUGAAGUAAAAAUUAUUUAAUUCAAUAUUUUAAUAUUCCACUCAAGAUGUUUAUAAUUUCAAAAGUAGCUGUACGGCAGAGGUAUUUAACACUUUUGUUAAAAUAUUAUCUCUGAAAAAAUGUUUCAUUUUUUAGAUCACAAUUAUUUAUACUUUGAAAUUAUGAUAUUUAAAAAUUUUUGUCGUUCGAAUAUUUGAAAGAAAAAAUUUCAUAGAUAUAAUUUGCUUUCGUUUAUUGUUUCAAUUUUUAUUAAUUAUUUUUAAAAUAUGUAAGUUUUAUGUGUUUGAUCGUUGCUGUUUCGACAUUUCUUAUGAUAAUAUAUGCAAAAUCACAAAUAAUUUAAAUCUGACAAUUAUGAAAGUUUCCUUUACGAAAUAUAUUCAUUUUGAAAUCCUAAUUCAAUAAUUACUCUUAUUUUAUUUAAAUUUAUAACUCAAAAUUCUAUUUGCGUUUUUCGUAGUGCAAAACAUAAAUAAGCAUUUUCUAAAUGAAAAAUGAGUUGAUUCAAUGACUGUGCCUAUGCAGAUUAAAAUUAUUUAUUUUUUUAUUCUUCUGUAGGAUUGAUUGUAUGUUAACAUGCGAAAUUUUGCAUGCAUAAUUUGGUUACAGAAAGGUUAAGACAUAUAAGACAUGAAUUUUUGACGUAUAAUUAUAUAGACCCCUUAACUGAUAUUCUAAUCUUCAAUGUCUCUGUUUAAUAUUUACUAAACUUUAAAUCUUUCAAUGAAAAUAAUUUAUUUCUGUAAAAAGAAUGUUUUUUAAUCAUUUGAGCUUUAAUCUCUAUUUAGACUGGUCUGAAUGUAAUGUAAUAUUUUAGAAUAAAAAAAAUGAAAUCAGAGUUUUGUGAAAUAUCAGAUAUUCAAGCAUUGUAUAGUCAUAUGAACUGUAUUUGAAAAAAUGUAUAGUUUAUACUAAAAUGUUGUAUAGAUAUACUUGUUAUAUGAUGUGAGAAAUAUUUUUACAGUGUCUCUGCAAUUGUUGGACAGUAGCAACUAUGAUUUAUAUAUCAAGAAUUGUUAUAAAAUUGGUUUAAUAAUUGUAUUUAAAGAAUUAGAUAUAUAAAAUGAAAAACUGUAUAUUUAAUUUUAUAAGUAGAUAUUCAGAAGAAAGCACUUAUUUCUAUAGAAAAUAUUAACUGUGUUUACUGCAGUUAAUGCUUUCUAUUAGAAGUUCUCAGUGUUAUUAAAAAUUAAAAAAUGUAAAUUUAUGUUUAGAAAUAUGUAGAUAUUGAGUAGUUCCUUAGCUUCCUAUCGGUAAAUGUUUUAUAGGAAAGUGCAUGUAAAAUAUACAAUAAAUUAGAAUAUAGAGAAUUUGAGAUUUGCUACUGUGAGAGGUUUGGGAUUUGAGCAGGAUAACUUUAGAAGUCUUUUCUUAUGUAGAUAUUUGUGUAAUGCGUUACAUAAAAAAUGUUGGAAAUAUAUGCAAUUAUUUUUAAAUGAAAAUGAUACAUUUUGAAUUUACAAUUCCCAAAUAAAAAUUAUUUGAAAAUAACCUAAUAAUUAUUUACUAAUUCAUGCAAAAAGAAGUUUUAGAUAUAAUCAUGUUAUAUCAACUUUGAAAUUUAUAUAGUAAAUUAUUCUCUUUUCUUUUAAUCUGCAUUAUAGUUACUUAGUUUACCGUCUUCCCAUACAUUUUUUUUUUAUAAAGUUGAAUUUGUGAUACAUUUCUUUUAACUAUAAGCUCGCAUCUGAUUUCAAAUAUUUUAGUAAAAUCCAUUGCAACUUUUUGACAAAUUACUUUUUUAUGAUUUUUUUCAAUGCUGAUUAAUAAGUUAUGAAAGCAAGUUUCUUUUAUUUUUGAUUAGCUAAUAGUUGUAUUAAUGUCCAUUGCACGAAAAAAAAAAAGACACAGGAGGCUUCGCAUACAAGGAAGUUUAAAACAUUUCCUCUGAAAAAAUUUUAAGAAUAAAAUGCUCGGACAAAAUUAAUUUUCAUGAAAGAUUUCUUAGAAUAAGAAAAGGUCGAUAUGAUUCAGAUGAUAUUAAGUCUUUUUUUCCUGAAAGUAUAGCUUUAAAUAACAAAUUAUAUUAAAUAUUUAUUCGAUUUUUACAGAAUUGAAUUGAAAUUUACUUAAAUUACCGAACAUUUUAUUUGCAUCAGUUGUAAAUUACCCCAUUCAUAAAAUAAUCACAAUUAUCUUCUUUAGAAUUUCCUGUUAAAGAAUGAUAAUGACAUUUAUUAAACUUUGUUUAGUUACAGUUUGAAUUAAAAUGCUCAGAACUGCAAAAUGUAAUUAAUUAUAAAUAUGUUUAUAAGUUUUGAAAAAAAAUCAGUUAUUUGCAUCAUGCGUAAAUAUGGUCAUUUAAAAGUGAUGUUAAUUGUUUUUCGAUAUUUCUAACGCUUACGAAAUUUAUUCUGAAAAAUAACGCAUAUUACUGCGAAACUUUGUGAAUUAUUUAGGAUUGUUUAUUUUAAUCAACAGAAUAUUGCAUUAUUUAAGCUGAAGGGCAAUUAUUGUAUGCUGAAAAUAUUUUACAAUAUUUGAGUAAAGUUUCAAUAGCGUAGCCAGUUUUAAGCCAACCUAGUAAGAUAAUAUAAGACUACCAUUUCUAGGAAUAAUUUAUUCAGAUCAAUUUAUACUUUCGAAAUGGUUUUAUGCGUUGUACAUUUUACAUGUUUUGUACAUUACAUCAAUAUUUUCUAUGUAUAGCAUGUUCAUUUGAUAAUUUUUCUUUAUAUUCAAUGUAAACCAACAUAGGCAAUGUUUAACUCUCUGAAAUCAAAAUAGCUGUCAGUAAACUAAAUGUCUGAGUUUUUUUUUCUUGUUCUCUGUAUCGUCGGAUCAUAGUAUUAGAACAGUUAUCCUCUACGGUUAAUCACUCUCACACUUAGCAAAGAAAAUAUGUGUUGAAACUUUUGAAUGUUAUUCAUUGUUGCGUUUGCGUUAUUAGAUUAAUACGUACACAUACUCACUGUUACAUCAAUAAAAUAGAAUACUGUUACAUUUCUCAGAAGAAAUAGGCAUCAUUUCAUUUGCUGUACAGUAUAUAAUGUAAAUUACUACUAACUGGACAAUUAAUAAACAUUUUGUUUUUAAA